ACCACCAUAAUGACGCGUUCUCAUCCAAUCAGAACACACCGCUAAAUAGGGUUUUGUUCGAAGCGAAGGUAAUCAUAAGCGAGGAAUUGGAUAAGCUCAGAACAAGGUCGACCUACCUGAAAUCUAGACGAAGUUUCCUAUCGCCGUAUUCACUAAGCGCUAUGGAUUCGGACUCAGAGUACUCAGUUGAUGAAAAAUGUGACAAAAAAUCAAACGGUCGUCUCUUAGAUAUCCCGUGCAAAGUGUGCGGGGAUCGGUCCUCCGGGAAGCAUUACGGCAUCUAUGCCUGCGACGGGUGCAGUGGGUUUUUUAAACGAAGCAUACGGCGGAACAGGUCUUACACUUGCCGCGCGACAAACGGAAAGGGGAACUGCCCCGUCGACAAAAUUCAUCGCAACCAGUGCAGAUCCUGUAGACUGAAGAAGUGUUUCGAUGUCAGUAUGAACAAGGAUGCUGUACAACACGAACGUGGGCCCAGAAGCUCCACCCUACGAAAACAAAAAAUGCUCAAAGAAGCUCAAGAAAGACUGGAGCUAGUCAGCGUUGCGCAUGCACCACAGGGACCCAGUGGCUUCAUCAACACGCUCCUAGCAGCCGAACCUCGCAUGGAUGGCUGCGGAAUGGCCGUCAAUGACUUUGAUCUAGAGUAUAAGCCAAUCAGAUUGCAGAGCGACAUGUCAGUCCCUAUGUAUUACUCGAGUCCUGAGUCCGUCUGUGAAGCGGCGGCCAAGCUCUUGUUUAUGUCUGUCAAGUGGGCCAGAAACAUCCCGUCAUUUAUGAGUUUACCCUUCAGAGAUCAGGUAAUUCUGCUUGAGGAAGGUUGGCGUGAGCUUUUCCUGUUGGGAGCGAGCCAGUGGUCCAUGCCGCUGGAAAUCGCCCCAAUCCUCGCCGCGUCCGGCAUGCACGUGGAUAACACGCCCCCCGAGAAGAUCGUCGAUGUCAUGGCAACAGUCCGCACGCUUCAGGAAGCUGUCAACAAGUUCAAGGCGUUCGGCGUUGACUCGACUGAGUUCGCUUGCCUCAAGGCCAUCGUGCUUUUUAAGCCUGCCGCGUGUGGUCUCAAGGAUCCCGAACAGAUCGAGACGACACAAGAUCAAGCACAACUCAUGCUUGGCGAGUACAUACGGUCAACCUAUCCCACACAGGUAGCCCGAUUCGGCCGCUUGCUUCUACUGCUGCCUGCGCUACGGAGGGUCAGCGCCCUCGCCAUUGAGGAGCUCUUUUUCAAAAAGACGAUUGGAACUGUUCCUAUUGAGAGAUUGCUCAGCGAUAUGUUCAAAAACGAGCAAUAGAGACCUCUGAUUGGUUAGGGAAUAAUGCCUAUUGUUGCAAAGGCAAAUGACACUCUGUGAUUGGCUAGGGAACAAUGCCUAUUGUUGCAAACGCCAAUAACACUCUGUGAUUGGAUAGGGAGCAACAUGUCUACACAGAUUGGUUUAGGGAACAACAUUAUUUCUAGCAUAAGACAAGCUCUUCAUACUGUUGUUGUAUGCUUCUAAUGAAUAGGUUUGGGAGAAUUCAAUGAUAGAUCAGUUUAAUAUAAAUUUUCUCCAUUUUUGAGUAAGGAAAAAAAUAUAAUUGAUCACACUUGGAGAAAAGUUUGUAAAACCUGGUCCUAUCUAUAAUUUCUCUGCUUGCUUUAGAAAUAUAUUUCGAUUUUGUUUAUAAUUCUCAGAUUAUAUUUAAAAGAAAAAAAGAAGUAUUACUUAGUUUCUUGAUUGAUUUAGGCUAAGUUUAAAUGUCGUAUUAUCCAUGAACUGUAUUCAAUGCAAAUGCGUGCAAAUAAAUCGAGUCGAUUGUUUCAUCUUCUAUUGCAUGAAUUUGCAUUAAAUACGGCUCAUGGAUAAUAAGAUGUUUGUACUUAGCCUUAGGGAUAUUUCUAGUAUAUAAAAACAAAGUCUUGUUUGUCUCUGUAAAAAUGUUUGUAUCGAUCGCCCCUUUAUGACUUUUUGUUGAAUGGGACGACAUUAGUAAUUGUACUCUGUCUCAAGAAUAUAGCAAAUAGAAACAUGGUGAUGACAUUCAAAAUGUCUUUGCCUUGUUGAAAGGAUUUCAUCAUCAGUGUUGCGUGGGUCAAGCUUUGAUAAAUAAUAAGAAAGAAGACGGGAUCCCACAUGAACCUGUAUUGCUCGAUCCUAGAGUCGGAAAAAUAUUCUAUACGCAAAACCUCUUUUGAGAGAGAGGGGGGGCUGGGAGGGCGAAGAGGGUCUAGUCGCAUUGAAUACCUCUUAGCGCUAAAUACAGUUUACGCUUUGCAUGGCUGUUAAGAAUAUGUACAAAGCACUUGUAAAUAAUCUUAUUUAUGUCAUUAAACGUGGAUACCAGUAUAAACUAGAAA